AUGUCCGGACAAACUCAAUGGGACCCCGCUACCGCCGCCAGCAUCCUCUUCCAAAGCAACGACAAGUCCGUCAUCCUGCUAGAUAUCCCACGCUCACUUGAAGAAGCACAAGUCCUCCCCGGUCAUCACCUCUUGCGCCGGGUCUACUCGGACGCGCCACCGUCUGAACCCUUCCCGACGCCGGAUCCGAAGAGGAGUCGCCAUGGCGGCCACAAGCAUGCAUCUCAAUCUGGCGGUGCGGCACACGACUGGUCCUUUCAGUCCCCCGCCGCCCAGAUAGCCGACCUGAUGACCACGGCAUCUGUCGAAAGCGCAUUACAAGUGUUGCGAGACAAAUACAAUGGACCCUUUCACCUGCCUCGCAUCUCAUCUCCAGUAGAUACCAAGGAUGCAGAAACAUCAAACACAUUGCCCGUACAAGAUGCUACAUCUCUCCACGGAUCCAUCCAAGACCUAAAGCACGUCUUCAAUGACACCGCGCCAUCCUUCAAAUUAGUCCUCCUUGAUCCUCCGUGGCCAAACCGGUCUGCCAAGAGACGCACUGAUAAAUAUGCCACCGUCCCUAAUCUCGCUGAGAUGCGAGACCUCUUGACAAGUAUACCCGUUUCUGCGCACUUGGCAAACGACGGCCUUAUAGCUGUCUGGAUCACCAACAAGGCUAGUAUUCCUGAAUUGCUCACGUCUCCCACGGGGGUAUUCGCCUCGUGGGGCGUAGAAUUUGUCUGUGAAUGGACAUGGCUGAAAAUCACAGCCGCAGGCGAGCCUCUCUUUGACGUGGAUUCGUCCUGGAGGAAACCGUGGGAAAAGCUUCUCAUCGCGAAGCGCAUUGGCGUGCCUGCUCCUCCGGACCUCAAGACAAAAGUCAUUGUUGCUGCGCCUGAUAUUCACUCUAGAAAACCAAACUUCAGGGGUCUUUUUGGGGACGUCUUGGGACAGCCGGAUUAUACUGGCUUAGAGAUAUUUGCACGCAACCUGACAAGUAGAUGGUGGAGUUGGGGCGAUCAGGUCCUCCAUUUUCAAGAUCAGCGGUAUUGGAAGCAAUUGGAAUAA